AUGGCGCCGGUGUCGUCUGUGCAUGGGGUUUCUGUUGUUGCCUCUCCAUCACCAUCACCCUCGCCGGUGCCUUGUGUUUCCGAGACAUCGACAACCAACGGUUUCCGUAACCUCAGCAUCGACACAGACGACCACAGUUCCACCAGAGCAUCCAGAAUUAUCGCCAUCGCCAUCGCCGCCAUCGUCACCACCAUCAUUGUCGCCGUCAUUGUCGCCAUUGUCGCCAUCUUCACCGCCGUCACCGCCAUUGUUAUCGCCGUCAUCCCCGUUCUCACUGUCGUUGUCGCCGUCACCACCACUAUUUCCUCCAUCUCCAUCACCAUCGCCUCCACCACCAUCGUUUCCAUCCCUGCCCUCGUCAUCCUCAUGCUACUCAUCAUCCCCAUGUCCAGUCACCAUCUUCGGCACCUCAAAGCCUCGGGCAGCGAGCAUGCGGCCGAGCAACGAGCAGGAAAGUUUGUCUCGAUUGACUCACUUGGGCACCAACUCAGCUGGGGAGCGGCGAGAGACAGGUGCCACGGGAGCAGCGAGCCCGACCGCCGCGAGGAGGGAGACGGUGGUCAGAAAGUGAGCUGCAAACGUACCUUCAUGGUUGCGAUUGUUCAGCGAGUUUGA